UUUUUCCCAGCGACACAUUUUGCAUUUUGAUAAUCGAUUACUUCCGUAUCUUACAUAGGCAGGAAGGAAGAACGAUGGCCGGAACUGAAAGAACGUACAUGUUGGACCUUUGGACAGAACAGCACUGCAAUGAUGUAGUAGAGAAAAUCUUAAGUUUACCUCCGACAGAAAAUAGUAGUGUGUUGUUACUGGCGAGCGACUCCUCACAAUCAGAUAGCGUGAAGACAGCAUUGGGCAAACAGAACCAUGACAAAGUAGUUCAGUUUGGAAACAAAGAUAAGAUUGCAGUGUUUUACGAUGCGAAAUUGUAUUUGGACAAACAUGGACUUUGCGCCUUUUCUGUGCUGUGUUCCAAUAGACACGUCCAGUACUGGCGCCUGCUGUUGACGCGUUUUAUCACGAAUGUUUAUGAAUGGAAAAUCAUAACAGUCGAUCAACAGGAAACGGAAGUCUUCACAGAGGAACAGAUUACGAAAGAUGUCAGCAACUUCUUUGGCUCUCAGACGUCAGCUUUUGGUGACGUCAGCACGCUUACGUCACCCAUCAUUCCCACGGAUUUGUUCUACCAUGGUUUUAGUUGCAGAACUGGUGGACUGUCGUCACUCCCAGGAAUGAAAUCCCUAAAUCUCGUGUUUUCUCAAUCCAAACGCGAUCCUAAAGCUUUAGUGCAAGAAAACCGUCGAAAGUUGGCAAAACACGUCGGAUUUGAUCCGGAACAGUUUCGUGUAGCGAGUGCCGUACACGGAAAUUGCGUCCUUGUCGUUGGGGAGCAGGAACCGGAAGGAUAUGACGGGAUCGCUACCGAUCGACUGGGAACAACUUUAGGUGCCCCUGGCGCAGAUUGUGUAACGAUGAUUUUUGCCGAUCCUGUCAAAAGAGCAUGUGCAGCACUUCAUUCUGGUUGGAUGGGUACAGUGAAACGCGCAUGUGUAGAAGUUAUCCACAAAAUGGCGACAGCAUUUGGCACUAACCCGGCUGACAUCUGUGUAGCAAUGGGUCCAUCCAUUGGUCAGUGCUGUUUCGAAUUCGACGCUGACAAAAUCGGCCAGUUCAAUGAUAUAGUUGAAGAAGCAGCUGUGGUGAGUGAUGAUGGCCUGAAAGCGUUUGUGAAUUUGCAGUUGUGCAAUCGCGUGUUACUGGAACAAAAUGGCGUAAAACCCAAUAACAUUGACGAUAAAUCCUGUACAAAAUGCACCAGCUGUAACUCAGAGUUGUUUUUCUCAUACCGGCGCGACGGCCGACCAUUUGGCAACCAAUUAGGAUUCAUAGGAAUGAGAAUGUAGUAACUGCAGAUCUUGAUGCCACAUCUGAACUUCAGAUGCACCGCCGCAGUAAGAUGGAAACCCGAAAGUCGUUAUGGAGAGCUUUAUAUGGGAUAAGAAUAUGUCAGAAGAACUUUCAUACUCGGUAAAAUCUAUAUAAACACUAUUGAAAUCAAGCGAGUUUUAAACUGCGUUUUUCUAACCAAAGUGUAGCCAGUCGUAUAAACCCAUCUUGCUAUUUGCCAGCCAAUGUAUAUUGAAAACAUGAAACAGAGAGGAAAAGUUGUAAGGUGAACCGAGAUAGCUAGGUUGGAAAGGGGAAGGAAUGAAUGAGUUGUGUAAAAAGAGAGUAGCCAAAUGCUGCGUAGAUGAUCUUAAGAUAAUAAAUCGAUAAAGAAAAAGUUGUGUAACGGAGUGAUAACGCUACCAAUUGAUAUAAUGCCCAACUUUGCGGGGUUAGCCAAGAUAAAGGUUGUAGCUUUAGUGUUUUAUAUCUCAAGUGUGGAAUGUGAAAAAAUAUUUAGCCUCGGAAAUAUUAUCAAGUCUAAGUACAGGUGUUAAUUGUGUAUGCCAUUCGAUAUUGUUGUCCAAAACGUGAGCAUUUCGAUAUAGAAAAAGUGGAAAGGCAAGAAAAAAGAGAAAUGAUGAGCAUGUUGAAUAAACCUAAACAGCCUUCAGUAACACAUAAGUUAUCGUUACAUAAAUAUCAUUACUUAAACCGUCUAAAAUCAUGGUAGACUAAGAAUUUUACAGCCAUUUGUCCAUCAUUAAAAAUUGACUUAUGAAGGUGAAACCUCUUCAUUGCAUCCAAUUCAUUCUUGGUAUCCAUGUGUAGCUUAUAUCUCCGUCGGGGGGUUAAAAUUCAUGCUGAAAUUAACAAUAACUUAUCGCCAUAGUUAAUGUCUCUAGCUAUAUGUUUAAUACAACGUUUAAUCAUGUUGGUACACAGUGCACUUGAUCUGCAGGAGAUUUUGACGUUGCAUAUAUUAUUACUUCUACCGACCUGACAAAAAAUGUACAUUAACCCUUUUUACAAAUAAAAAUAAAAUGCGCUUGCCAACUAAGAUAACAGCCACCCUCCACCCUCUUCGAUAAGAAAAAAAGUGGAUUUUGGAAAGUUUUGGAAUGACAACUCUUCGUUAAAAUGUGAACUUCAUGUACGAUGGUCCGAAUUACAGAACAUCAUUUCCAAUCCAUCUUCGUUGUACUCUCACCUGAAACUUGUCCGUCAUUAUCACGGCGGUCAAAUAAGGUCAGGGUUAAAGUAAGUCUUUUUGUCUUUGCUUAGAUCCGGAUACAUAUAAUGCAAUCCGGAUAGUAUAAGGUAAGCGCACCAAUGUAAAGUACCAUCUGGAAGAUUAUCAAAUGGCGAAACAUUUAUUUAUCCACAAUAAAGAUUUUUUUUAACAUUUUUUUUAUAGUUAUUACAUAUAACAUACGUUAAGUUUGUCAAACAUAUAAUCAAAUAACAUGAAACUAGGUGUCAACUUUAUUUUGUAAUUAAAUCGGAUUACUUUUCUAUUUGAUUAAAGACAUGCAUACAGUGUACUGUU